UCGAACGCAAAUCUUUCCAAACGUCAUAUGGAGGAACAAAACAAAAUUCUCAGGGAUAUAGCUUCAAUGAUCGAGAAAACCCAAAUACAACAAAUAACAAUCGCUAACCAAUAUAACGAAACCACCGAGCAUUUAAAAAAAAAAUAUGAAGAGAGGCUUAACAAAGCCCUGAUAAAUAUGGAUAAGAAACAGAUUCUGUUUGAUGGCGAAUUAAAAGAUCUCUACGCCAAAACUCAAAUGCUAGUUAACGAGGUGAUCUUUGCCAAAAGACUAUUUUCAGUACUUGCUUUUUUACUGUUAAUCUAUAUCGGCAUCAAGCGUGAUUGGUAUAAUGUGAAAAGCAUACUUAUGGCUUUUCAUUCGACCAUGAACGAAAGAAUCGUGCUACCGAAGUUGACAGAGAAAAAAGGAAAAGCCACGUACAAUUUUGAAUAUAAUCAUUUCUUUGAAAAUUCUGAUCAAAUCCUGGAUGCUAACAUUUCAAGACCUAUCGAACAAAUUCGGAUGUCGCCCUAUCGAUCGAAACAUAAUUUAAAAAAUUCACGUGGUAUGCUGGUUCGUCCCAUUCGUCGUUCUUAA